AAAUGUGGUGAUAAGAUGAUGUGGUUCAGUAACACAAACGACGCCGUCUCCGCUGUGGAUGCUCAUCCCUUAACAGACGGAAACCACCAAGAUGACCGAUCACCCGUCGCAUUUCCAGCCUGCGCACAUCCUCUUCACUCCCAACUCCAACUCCAGGGUGGAUUGGAAGAUUGGGGGAGGGCUCCGACGGGAGUGAAGUUCGAUCCAAGUGACCAACAAAUUUUGGAACAUUUAGAGGCGAAAGUGAAACGAGAUAAGUGGAAGCUUCAUCCUCUCAUCGAUGAAUUCAUUACCACAUUAGAGGAAGACGAUGGGAUUUGUUACACCCACCCUCAAAAUUUGCCUGGAAUGAGGAACGACGGCCAAAUCCGGCAUUUUUUUCAUCGCCCAUCAAAAGCAUAUACGGCCGGCACAAGAAAACGCAGGAAAGUUAAAGCAGACGAAGAAGGCACCGACACAAGAUGGCACAAAACCGGGAAGACGAGGCCAGUCAUGGGCGGCGGCGUUGUGAUAGGUUUCAAGAAGAUUUUAGUUCUGUAUUCCAACCAUGGGAACCAAAGGAAGCCUCAAAAGACAAACUGGAUAAUGCAUCAAUACCAUCUGGGUGUUACAGAGCACGAGAAAGACGGCCAAUUGGUGGCUUCAAAGGUCUUCUUCCAAAAACGGCCUCGCCAAAGCUCCUCCUAUCAGAACCCGACUACACAAUGGGGUGGCGGUGGCCAUUCCCCUGAAACUAGUGCAGUUUUUGUUGAUUGCAGCAACCCAAUGAUGAGUUCUAAUUACAUGUAAAGAAUAAUUAACUAGUUUUAAGAAGUUGAAUUCAACAGUUCAA